AACUUGUGCGGGGCCAUUUUUGGGGCAGUAAGAUCCAGCGAGGAGCCCAAGAGCAAGCGCGCAGCCGGACAGCUCGAGCCGCCUCCGCCGCGAGACCCCACCCCGGCCGCCGCCGCCUCCUCCUCCCGCGCCGCGAGAUCCGCACCGGCCUCCCAGAGAGCGAGCCCGGCCGACGCGACCACCAGCCGCGCUAACCGCCGACCAACCGCCACCGAGGUGCCCGAGUGAGAGCAAAGGAGGCGGCAUGAGCGAGGCCACCACCACCACCACCGCCGCCGCUGCCGCCGCCGCCCUCCCGCAGGCUCCGGCGGAGGCGGCCGCCGCGGUCCCCCAGGACUCUGCGCCCAAGAGCCCAGCCGGCGGCGGCGCGCCCCAGGCCGCUGCCACGGCGCCCGCUGCCCUCGUCGCAGGAAACCCGGGUGGGGACGCGACCCCCACAGGCCCCGCAGCCCCGGCCUCUUCAGCCCCCGCCAGCAGUGAAGACGCGGAGAAAAAAGUUCUCGCCACCAAAGUCCUUGGCACUGUCAAAUGGUUCAACGUCAGAAAUGGAUAUGGAUUUAUUAAUCGAAAUGACACCAAAGAAGAUGUAUUUGUACAUCAGACUGCCAUCAAGAAGAACAACCCACGGAAGUACCUGCGCAGUGUAGGAGACGGAGAGACAGUUGAGUUCGAUGUGGUUGAAGGAGAGAAGGGUGCUGAAGCAGCCAACGUGACUGGCCCAGACGGAGUUCCCGUGGAAGGGAGCCGCUAUGCUGCGGACCGGCGCCGUUACAGACGAGGCUACUAUGGCAGACGCCGUGGACCUCCCCGUAACUACGCUGGGGAGGAGGAGGAGGAAGGGAGCGGCAGCAGUGAAGGAUUUGACCCCCCUGCCACUGACGGGCAGUUCUCUGGGGCCCGGAGUCGGCUGCGCCGCCCCCAGUACCGCCCUCAGUACCGCCCUCAGUACCUGCGGCGGUUCCCGCCUUACCACGUGGGACAGACCUUAGACCGUCGCUCACGGGUCUUUCCCCAUCCCAACAGAAUGCAGGCCGGUGAGAUCGGGGAGAUGAAGGACGGCGUCCCAGAGGGAGCGCAGCUUCAGGGACCUGUUCACCGGAAUCCAACUUACCGCCCCAGGUACCGCAGGGGACCCCCUCGCCCGCGACCCGCCCCAGCUGUGGGAGAGGCUGAAGACAAAGAAAAUCAACAAGCGGCCACUGGUCCAAACCAGCCCUCUGCCCGCCGUGGGUACCGGCGCCCGUACAACUAUCGGCGUCGCCCCCGCCCUCCAAAUGCUCCUUCACAAGAUGGCAAAGAGACCAAGGCAGGUGAAGUGCCAUCUGAGAACCCUGCUCCAGCCACCGAGCAGAGCAGUGCUGAGUAACACCAGGCUCCCCAGGCACCUUCACCAUCGGCAGGUGACCUAAAGAAUUAAUGAUCAUUCAAAAAAUAAAACAGAAGCAGACCACGACCUUACCAACACCAAAGAAACAUCCAAGCAAUAAAGUGGAAGACUAAUACCCUAAAUGUGGACAUUGGAAUGUUUACAAUUAUUCUUUACAAA